AAUGUGGACUGCCUGCACUGUUAAGGUUCUCGAUUGCUUGGCCUCUACUUCCGUUAUUCUGAAACGGUGUCUGAGGUUGGGGGCGGCCAUGGCAAAAAGCAAGUUUGAGUACGUGCGGGACUUCGAGGCUGACGACACCUGCCUCCCUCACUGCUGGGUGGUAGUGCGGCUGGAUGGCAGGAAUUUCCAUCGGUUUGCUGAAAAGCACAACUUUGCAAAACCUAAUGACAGCCGUGCUCUCCACCUGAUGAACAAAUGUGCCCAGACUGUAAUGGAAGAACUGGAGGAUAUUGUGAUUGCAUAUGGGCAGAGUGAUGAAUACAGCUUUGUGUUCCGGCGGAAAAGCAAUUGGUUUAAAAGAAGAGCCAGCACCCACUGGCCCUAUCAUGGUAUUGAAUUGAUAUCGUACAUUUUCUUUUCUUGCUCCACCCAACGUGCCUUACAUUUGCAACCUCUUCUGUAUCCCCCAGGCUUCGAUGGAAGAGUUGUCGUGUAUCCUAGCAACCAGACUUUAAAGGACUACCUCAGCUGGCGGCAAGCAGAUUGUCACAUCAAUAAUCUUUAUAAUACAGUUUUCUGGGCACUUAUUCAACAAUCUGGACUAACACCAGUACAAGCCCAAGAGAGAUUACAGGGAACUCUUGCAGCAGACAAAAAUGAGAUCUUGUUUUCUGAAUUCAACACCAACUACAAUAAUGAGCCACUGAUGUACAGGAAAGGGACUGUGUUGAUAUGGCAGAAGGUGGAUGAAGUCACGACAAAAGAGGUUAAGCUGCCAGCAGAAAUGGAAGGGAAGAAGAUGGCUGUGACCCGGAUCAGGACAAAGCCAGUGCCCUUACACUGUGAUAUCAUUGGGGACGCUUUCUGGAAGGAACAUCCAGAGAUCCUUUAUGAAGACAGUUGACCCUCCGCUCUUCAAUUCUGGUGUGCUUUACCCUGCAAGGCCCCCAGGUCUUCUUGCCUUAGGUGGCCCUAGCAUUCCUGCCACCCAGAACUGUACCAGGAGUGACAGGACUUGAGUUGGGAGGGUGCAGGGAAGGAAGGGACAGGUGGGGGUGGUGUGACUUGUUCUGCUGAAGCAGAACACCUUUCGCAAUGUUAGAACAUGAUUUCUGUGGGAUUUUUUUUUUUUUUUUCAAAAUUGUGGUACUAUUUUUAUAAAGCAAGAACUAUUUAAUGCCUUGCAAGAUGAGUCAUUUUUAGAUUGUGGCAUAAGUCUUAUGAAAACCUGUCAGCUCUUUUCACCUAUGAUAGAAGAGAAGCCCAAACUUUACUCUCACCCACCUAUUCUUAGAGAACCCAGUGACUUUGAAUAUGUCACCUAUGCACCUAUGUACUUGGAUUAUCUUUGAUAGACCUGAAGAUAAAUAUGGGCUAAUACCUGUCUCGUGCUUCUUAUUUCAGAUAUUCCAGGGAAAACUCAGGGCUUUGUGCCAGUCUCCAAGUCAGCAGCUUUUGGCUGAAUAAAUGAGUAGUGGUGUUAGGAUACCCAUGUGUUCACACUCCAUGUACUGAUUUUAUGGAGUUGCCAACAUGAUCAUCAUCAUCUUGCCAGAACAUAGUUUCUAAAGCCACUUACCUUUUUCUAAGAAGUAUAUGUGAGAGAAAAUAUGCAUGUAUAUGAGAAAAAGAAAAUACGCGAGAAUGAAUAAGAAUGGAGAUCCAUUUUAUACUCCAUAUCCUCCAGAUACUUAAGUUUUAAAAACAAGUUGCCUUCCAGUUCAACUUCCUGAAAAACGUUCACAAGUAGUUGCUACAAAAAAUGACAUCUGAAUUCAAGAGCAGAGGGGUUAACAUGCCCCUCAGGCAGGGAUCAAAGGGAACCUAAUAGAUCCACCUGGUGGGGAGGUGGAAAUAGAAGAGCUGCAGAGAACAGGAGCAGCCAUGGCAUGUUGCCGAGCUGCUGAAGUCUGAAGGGGGAUGUCAUGGGGAUAGGUGGUGAGUAGCUUACAUUUCCUCUUGUCCUUACUUUGUAUCUUAGAGGAAGAGAUUAUUUGGUCCAAUUAAGAUUUAAUUAAGAGACAGCCCAUGUCCCAGUUGCUGGUCUUUCAUUACAGAAUUUAAAGCCAAGAAGAAAAUGUAUUUUUGAAAGUGUGAUGGAUGGCUUCAUCCCAUCUGUCGAUGCCAUUUUUUUCCUUCCUGUUCCCCCUACUCCACAGGAAAAGGAUAAGUACCUCAUGUUUGGUAAUUGCUAAAAUGUCUGGGAAAAAAAAUAAAGACAUCAAUUUCCUUGGC